AUGGUGGAUCAAAGUUUCUUGCCAAUAUUUCCUAUUUCAUUAACUUUCAGGAUCCCAAAUGAAUGCGAAGAUGAAAUCGAUAAGAAAGAGAAAGCUAUUUAUUACAUGAGCAAAAAAUUCACAGAAUAUAAUUCUAAGUAUUCAUCACUAGAGAAAAUAUGUUAUGCUUUAGCUUGGACAACUAAAAGACUCAAGCAAUAUAUGCUUUACUAUAUAGAUAGAGCUAUUGAUGAUUACAAACCUAUGAAGCUGAAUUUUUCAAAUGAUGAAUUAAUGGCCAUCUCAAGGAUAAAAGAAGAUAACAGCAAGGAAAAGAUAUGGAGAAUGUAUUUCGAUGGGACCGCCAAUGCUAUGAGGCAUGGGAUCAAUGCAAUCUUAAUAUCUCCAAUAAAGCAUUACUAUCCUGUUACAACAAGAUUGAACUUCAAUUGCACCAAUAAUGUAAUUGAAUAUAAGGCUUAUGUUAUGGGCCAACAUGUUGCUUUGGAUAAAAAAAUUAAAAUGUUAAAAAUGUUCGAAGAUUCAACUCUAGUCAUUUAUCAAUUAAAAGAUGAAUGGAAAACAAGGUAUUCAAAACUCAUCCUUUAUCACAAAUACAUCUUAAAGUUAUGUAAACAAUUCAAGGCAAUUCAAUUUGAACACUUGCCCCGUGAAGAAAAUCAAAUUACAAAUGCCUUGACUACCUUAGCUAUAAUGGUACAAAAUGGUGAUACUAUUAAAAUUCAGCCUAUCAAACUAAAUAUCAAAGAUAUGCCAGUACAUUGUGCCAAGCUUAAAAGAGGAAAAAGAUGCCCACUCUUGAUAUCAUGA